AUAUAUGCCCUUUGCUUCUAUCAUCCUCCACCCAAAUCCAUCUUAUUCAUGAUCAAAAAUACUAAGCUUUCAUUCGCUAAAAAAAAAAAAAAAUAGUGAGCUACACAUGCUUAUAUACCAAUACUACUAGGUAGUGUUAGGGGUUUAAAAAAAAAAAAAAAAAAAAAAAAACUAGAGAAAACCAGCAUAUUCAUUACUUGGACCAAAAAAAAAAAAAAAAAUAAAAAAAUGGGUGCCUUUUGGCCUGAUCGAGAAGUGUCGAAAAGGUUGAUCAAAGAGCUAGUUCAAGGCAAAGAGAUGGCGACUCAGCUUCAGAUACUUCUUCAAAAACCCAAUGGAGAAGAUGGGUCAGUGUCAGCUAAGGAAUUGGUGUGGAAGAUUGUGACUUCUUUCAGUUAUACUCUUUCUGUGCUGAGUUCUAAUUCGGGUGGUGGUCAUGAAGUUUGUCAGAAUAUCAUCAAUGUAACCGAGUCCUCUCAUGCCGAUCAUUCUCAUUGCGAUGAACGGAGCUCUGAGAAUUCCGGCGAGAGUAAAAAAAGAUCACCGGAUUUUAAAGAUGGAAGAGGGUGUUAUAAGAGAAGACGAAGUUCCGAUACACGGACAGUAGUUGGGCCCACCAUCGAGGAUGGUAACGCUUGGAGAAAAUACGGCCAAAAGGAUAUACUCCAUGCUAAAUAUCCAAGGGCUUAUUUUAGGUGCACGCGCAAGUACGAUCAAGGUUGCCGAGCAAUCAAACAGGUUCAACAAAUCCAAGACGAUCCUCGUAUGUUUCAGACCACAUACAUUGGCCACCACACUUGUAGGAACAUUCUAAAAGCUCCAAAAAUGAUUAGUAGUACAGAUUCUGAUCCUAAUUGGGAAAUUAAUUAUAAUGGUGAGCAUCUUGGUACUUGUUCUCCUAUGUCAAGGAAUAUGAAUAUUCCAGGUAAUGGUGCACUAGCAGGUACAAUAAAACAAGAAGAUCAAUUCAAAGAAGCAACACCAAGCAGUGAUAACUUUUCUCCAUUAAUGGAGAGUACUCAUGAUGAUCAUGAUGAUAUGUGGUCUGAUUUGAAGGGUUUUGAGUUAUCUGAGCCUGCAAGUAUUAUUGGGUCUGCAGACAAUCAUGAGGAUGUUGUUUCUAUUAUGUACUCCGUCAUGGAUAACCCUACCACUACUCUUACUACUCAUAAUUUGGACAUGGAUUUUGUGGUUAAGUCUAUUGAUUUUGAUAGUGAUUUUGAUUUUGAUGAAACCCAAUUUCCUCUUGGAUCCCAAUUGUAAUAUUGAUUUUUUGGGUAGGAGAGAAUUCGAACUCUAAAUGUUUAUUGUAGAAGCAGUGGGUUUGGUUUUGGUUUUGCGAUGAUGUAAAUUGUUUGCCAAUGAAUGAAUAAUUGUAAAAUAAAUCGAUGAUAUGCCUCAACUA